AUGCCUGCGAGACCUCUGAUCCAGGCGCAGUCACUGCUGCGUGGCGGCAGGGCGUACGGCGUACAUCUGCCAGCGAGAUCGGCGAUGGCGCCUGUAUCUGCGCCCAUAUCGCUUGGAAGAGCCUCCCCCCAUUGCCGAGGCUAUCACGUCUCCUCCAGAGUGCUCGCUUCUUCUGCGUCCAAUGGGACACAUAAUGCUUCUUCCAGUUCAGGGGCGUCCCAAAAUGCAUCGGUACACGUAUCAGGCUGGUCCAGUGGCAGCGUCUUGGCUGUGGCCGUUGCGGCCGCUAUAAGUGGCUGGGGCCUCUCAAGCCUUGUGCCUCUGCUGAGCCGAGACACAAGGGGCAAAGGCAAGAACAAAGGCCAAAGCAAUCAAGACGACGACGACACCAAAGACGGUGAAAACAAAAAAGAUGGAAGAAAAGAGCAUGUUUCGCUGGCAGACAAUGACGAUGGAGAAGCCAUCUCAGAUAUAGUAUGGGAACUUGGGAAUCAAAAGGACAUAAUAUCAACAGACCCUGAAGACUUGCUUGCCCACGGCUAUUCCGAAUGGUCAACGGUCAAUCCCGACGAGCUGCCCGUUGCCGUGGCCUAUCCUCGCACCACUGAGCAUGUUGCUACCAUAGUUCGAGUCUGUCAUCGCCACCGCGUCCCCGUCAUUCCGUUUUCUGGAGGCACCAGCCUGGAGGGCAACUUCUCGGCGCCCUAUGGAGGCGUCAGCAUUGAUUUCGCCUACAUGAACAACAUCAUCCAGGUCAAUAAGGACGACAUGGACGUGAUUGUGCAGCCCAGCGUGGCAUGGCGAGACUUGAACGAUGAGCUCGUCAAGCUAGGCACGGGACUGUUUUUCCCAGUUGAUCCUGGCCCUACUGCCAGGAUUGGGGGUAUGAUUGGCACCAACUGCUCCGGAACCAAUGCUGUUCGAUAUGGCACCAUGAAGGACUGGGUGAUUAACUUGACCGUUGUCUUGUCGGAUGGACAAAUCAUCAAAACUCGCAGGCGACCUCGCAAGUCAUCUGCAGGGUACAAUCUCAACAGCCUCUUUGUUGGCUCCGAGGGCACUCUUGGUAUUGUUACAGAAGCAACGCUGAAACUCGCAGUCCUUCCGGAAGAGACGUCCGUAGCAGUUGUGACAUUCCCAAGCAUCCGCCACGCCGCAUCCGCCGCCGCCAGCAUCAUGCAAGCCGCCAUCCCCAUGCAGUGUCUCGAGAUCAUGGACGAGGUGCAAAUGCGAGUCGUCAAUCUGAGCAAAUUCACCGCACCUCGAGUCUGGGUUGAGAAACCGACGCUGUUCUUGAAGUUCGCCGGCACCAAGGGCAGCGUCAAAGAGCAGAUUGAACUGGUGGAGAAAAUUACGGCAAACCACAAAGGCGGCAACUUUGAAUUUGCAAAAGACGAACAAGAGCAAAAGUUACUGUGGUCCGCAAGAAAAGAGUCACUCUGGUCGAUGCUCUCGCUGAGAAAAGAAGGCGAAGAUGUUUGGAGCACUGAUGUAGCCGUGCCGCUUAGUCGACUUGCAGACAUCAUCGAAGUCAGCAAGAAGGAAAUGGACGAGCUGGGCUUAUUUGCCAGCAUCCUCGGCCACAUUGGCGAUGGAAACUUCCACGAGAGUAUCAUGUACAACAAGAACAAUGAGAGCGAGCGAGCCAAGGUGGAGGCUUGCGUCAAGAACAUGGUUCGUCUCGCCAUCGAGAUGGACGGUACCUGUACGGGAGAACAUGGAGUUGGAUGGGGAAAGAAAGAGAGCUUGCUGUGGGAAGUUGGCUCUGAGACUGUAGGAGUCAUGGCCACCAUCAAGAAGUCGCUCGAUCCACGCUGGAUUCUGAACCCAGGCAAGAUCAUGGAUGUGCCGUGGGAGCGGCAAGACGAUCAUUCUGCUGCCAAAGACUAA